AUGAAAACGGCCAGUGGCGUGCUGAAGCUACCUCGAUCAGGAAAAAUGCUUUCUGAUGAAGUUGAGAGGCUUCAGAAACAGCUCAAUGAGGUAACCAUACAGCUUAAUAAUUCACUGAGGAGAAACGUUGGAAAGUCCAAUUCAGGAGUAAGGGAUGCAAUGGAUCAGUGUACUCCUACCCCUGCUCCUACCAACCAGCCUCCCAAGAUGCUUGAGUAUGAUGGCCUGAAUAAUGAAAGUGAUCAGAUCACGUCACAUGAGGUCUCUAAUGGCCCAAUGAGAUAA